GGUGGAUUGCGUGGCGCACCCCGCCGCCAUUGCAGCCCAUCAGCAGCGCACCACGGUGCCACGCCGUGGCCCCGCGCAACGUGACCCGUCUUCCUCCGUUUUCAAGGCCGCAGGAAACGCACGGCCAAAGAACGCCCACGAGCACAAAAGGCGGAAGGACCGGCUACGUCUAUUCGUGGCGUGGGGCCAAGGCGUGGCGGCGUGGUGUGGUGCUGGGGGGCUUGCGUGUUCGGUGGCCUCCGGGCUAUCUGGUUGGGCUACGUUGCCGCGCGCCACGGCCGCCUGUCGGCCCCCCCCUACCUUGGGGGCAAGGCGCUGCGGCCGGGGCGCGGCUUUUACACUGUGGGGACCGAACAGGGCCAACGCAAGCCAGGGCGGGCACGCGCAGGCUACCGGGGCCGUCGCCGGCGGGCCCGCCGCUGUCUGUCAGUCCGUGUGUUUUGCGGUGGUGAAGGAGCCGCCCGCCCGCCCAAAAGGUUGCGCGCCCCCCUCCGCGCGGCCGCGGUCUGCGCAGCCCGGCGGCCCGGGCCCUUCGUGGGUUGGCGCUGACGGCGGCCCGCCCUGACCGUGUGUGCACGGCUGUUUUCACGCCUUUUGUCGUUGUUGUGUGUGGC